UUCUAGGCCCCGGUACCUGUUUGUGGUAGACGACCUAUCCGAGCGACAUUAGCAAGGCAUCCUAGGUGCUGCAAACACACAUGGACAAAUGUCGUAGGCAUGAGGGUGUCCUUACAGAUAUGGGAAAGGCUCCCCACUCCCCGAAGACUAUCGGAUAUGUGUGGCUACGCCCUGCCCGACCUGAACACCUGAACCCUGGCUUUCAUGUGCCUCGUCCUCGGAGAGCAGACGGCCGCUCCCUUCCAGAAUGACAGGCCGUCUGUCCCAGUACGUGCGACUCGGACAAACUUGAACCCGCGUAACUCCCUAACUAAAAUAUUGGCAAUGACAAUGAUUAUUCUCCUGUCAUUCUACUGGAGACCAUUGAGUGUCCCGGGAAACGUGUUAUGGCAUAUCCCGUCUGACAUCUCCGCCAGGUGGCCGUACAGCACCCGCAUGCACGGCGUCCAGCCCACUGCGCAACGGCGGGACCGACGGACCACCUCCAACGGAGCGAAGCUGGAGUGUUGCAGCCGCCGGAGGGGCACGGCCUCCCCGACGUGCCCAUCGUCGAACCUCGCCGACAUUCACAAACGCCCUCCCGAUCUAUCACCGACCCUCACGGCUCUAUUCCCCUCCGCCUCCUCACGUUGGAGUACGUUCACAAGCCCGUGUCCAGCCCGCCAUCUCUAUUCAGUGUUAGGUGGACUUUUGGUCGUUAGCCGACACGGACUCCGCAGAUCCCGCCAUGCCCGCAUUGAAAAGAGACGGCCGCCUUGGUGGCGGCUGAUCCACCGAGCGUACAUCCUUGUGCUUGCUUGUCACACGCGCGGCUAAACAUGUCCGACAUUCGUGUCCUUUCUGGCCCUGAGGUUGCCGAACAUGCCAACCGGGAGAGCUGCUGGAUUAUCGUGCACGGGAAAGUGUACGACGUCACUGAGUUCCUUCCUGGUAUGCGCGACGACGCACAAGUUCAA